UGGAGUCGGAGUCUCCAUUCAAGUCAGACAUACUAAAAGGGAAAGUAGCACUAUCGACGGGAGGGGGUUCAGGGAUCGGGUUAGGGAUAUCAACUGAGUUCGGGAAACAUGGUGCCUCCCUUGCAAUCAUGGGCCGCCGCAAGUCCGUCCUUGACUCUGCCGUCUCCUAUCUCCACUCCCUUGGUAUUCCGGCCAUCGGUCUUGAGGGGGAUGUCCGAAAGCAAGACGAUGCUAAAAGAGUUGUAGACUUAACUGUCAAGCAAUUUGGGAAGCUUGACAUUCUUGUUAAUGCUGCAGCUGGCAAUUUCCUUGUCUCUCCUGAGGAUUUGUCUCCUAAUGGCUUCAGGACAGUACUAGAUAUUGACUCUGUUGGUACGUUCACUAUGUGCCAUGAAGCACUUAACUAUAUCAAGAAAGGAGGACCUGGGAGGAGUUCGACUUCUGGUGGAAUAAUACUGAACAUCAGUGCUACUUUGCAUUACACUGCAUCUUGGUAUCAAAUCCAUGUAGCUGCUGCCAAGGCUGCUGUUGAUGCAGUCACUAGAAAUUUGGCUCUAGAGUGGGGCACAGACUAUGAUAUUAGGGUCAAUGGUAUUGCACCAGGCCCGAUAGGUGAUACUGCUGGCAUGCGUAAACUUGGACCAGAAGAGAUAACCAAUAAGAGCAAAGAUUACAUGCCUCUGUACAAACUUGGGGAGAAAUAUGAUAUUGCCAUGGCUGCUUUGUACCUUGCAUCAGAUGCUGGCAAAUAUAUCAACGGAACCACCAUGAUUGUCGACGGAGGCCUCUGGCUUAGCAGGCCUCGACAUCUACCUAAAGCUGAAGUUAAAGAGCUCUCGCGAACAGUCGAGAAGAAAUCAAGAAAUGCACCUGUGGGAGUUCCUCCCAGCAAGCUUUGAGUUUAUCAACUAUAGGCGUUGUGGGUUAAACAGCACAUGGGAGCAAUUACAGUUUUGCUGCAGCAAGGAACUUGUUAAAAAAACUUUAUUAUUAUUUCUGGCUACUGUCCAUUGAAGUACAUUUAAAUAUACAACACGAUUGGAAACUAGUAUUAGCAGUUUAAGCAAUUGGAACCGACUCUCAGCAGGAUUAUUACUUUAGUUUUUUUUUUGGUGUGUACCAGUCAAUAAAGACAGACACCUGACCAGUGCGGGCACGUCUAAUCAAAAAAGACUUCCUAGAGGUGUUUUCUUUCA